AUGUCGCUAGCGGUCCUACUCGCUCUCUUUCUUACCCUAGUCAGCUUGACUACUGAGGCGUCAUCGAAUUCAUCUCAAUCAAAAGAAAAUCUCUGUGCAUUUGAUCGCGAGAAUGCGCAACAAGUGAUCGAAUUGCUUAACGUCAAACCGGAACUGGCACCGUUUCAUCACAACACUUUGUAUCCUCGCAUUCUUUGUUUCGCAAUCACAUAUUCCGUGCAGCAUUCGACACGCGUUCAAGCUGUAGCGGACACGUGGGGACAAAGGUGUAACUAUCUCAUUUUUUUCAGCAACAUGAGUGAUGCGAUCAUAGUGGGCGCAAACACUUCGGCUGAACGUCAAUUUGACGUAGUACAACUUGACAUCAUCGCUGAUCAUGCACAUUUGUGGCUGCGUACAAGAGCUGCACUCAAGUAUAUACACAAUCACUUUCGUCAUGACUACGACUGGUUUUACAAGUGCGACGACGAUACAUACGUAAUUGUUGAGAAUUUACGCGCCUACCUGAAUAGACCAGAGAUCUUGCAACGAGUUUCCCAAGAGCCCAUGCAAGUCGGACAUCGUUUAAGUAUGCCCUUGAACACAUUAGACUUUUACAUAAAGGAUGAAAGUUUGCGAUUGAAGUGGCAUUCACGUUGGAAUCGUAUGAUCUACAAUUCAGGUGGGGCAGGGUAUGUCGUAAAUCGAUUGUUUCUCGACAAGUUUGCCGAGUCCUUGCCUAUGAAAACAUGCUUGUCUGACGAAGAAAGUAGCAGAAUGCCAGAGGACGCAGGUGUGUCGUUUUGCAUGAUGUGGAAUAAUGUUUUUCCUUGGGAUACAAGAGAUUAUCGUGGUCGAGAUAGAUGGCAUGCACUUGAUCCGAGACAUAUCUUCAUCAAAUGGGUUGACCCAACUAUAUGGCAUAUACGGUAUCACGAAGAUAUUGGCGGUGUGGGAUCGCAAGGUGAGAGUGCUGCUCCAGACAGCGUCGCAUUUCAUUAUGUCCAGCCGCCAUUAAUGUACCAUCUUGAACGGAAGUUGUAUCUUUGUCAUUCGGAAUUUGAUGAUAUUGCAAUGUUCAAUGAAAACUAUGGACUUGCUAUCGGAGAAAAGGUUAUGGUCUUAUAA